ACAUGGCAGGCGAUGAGCAGCAUGUAAACAAAGGCAAAUUUUACCUGCGAGGCGAAGGUAUGAACGAUAAGUCGAGGGAACUUUACGAAAGAAACGCUUUGGGGAACAUUGUCUCGCACCUAUUUCCGGGGUAUGGAGAGUUCUAUGCGGUUCCGUGGACAGCCAAAAAAGAGAUUUUCGAACUUUUGUCAGUGUUCGUCAAAAAUGGUUGUGACACUUUUGAAUACGUUGGAAGUUUACGUAAGAAUGGGGGAAUCUUGGCGGAAGAGACGAGUGACUUAUUGCAUGUUUUGAAGCCUCAUAUGCACAGUAGCUCAAAGAAAGAAGUAAACAGAUAUUUAACUGCGCUAAAGCAACCAUUUUCGCGCCGUGUGAGUGAACUUUUUAUUGAUGACUUUGUUGGCCGUCCAGAGGGAAAGAUUUUUGGCUGGAUCGAUUUAGGGACAACGCAGAUUGAGUACGUGGACCCUGUUAAGCUUACUGCAAGAGUGAACAAGUCGAGAAUUGAUCAAGAGUGUUCGCAGCUUGCGGGGAAAACACACAUAUACGUAAUUUGUAAGGUAUGUGACUCUGAAAGACUCCAUUACUAUCCAGCUGUAGAAUACAGAUCAAAUUCGUGGCUUGGUAAUGAUAAAUCAUUACUAGAAAACCAAAUCAGACUUUGCACCAAGUCUUUGGAUAGAUGUUGUAUUUCUCAGGAUGUGAGAGGUCCAAGAGCAUUAAGUGUCUGCCGCAUCCCACUGACCUGUGGUGGGAUACUUGGUAUACCCAUGUAUGAUGUCAAACUUACCUCAACGAACUGUUUUAGGACAGAUUGGGAAGGAAAAACGUUUUUUGCUCAAGAACUUGAUUUUGAGUUUGUUAACUGGUUGACAUCCCAAGUACAAGGCAUGAGAACCAAACAUUUCUGGCAGCCUGCACUGAGAAAGCUGUUUAGUUUUCCUGCGAUAGAUGAUAGACAGGUGGCACUGGAGUUUUUGCUUGAAACCAUGAAGAAAUUUCAGACAGAGGAGGAAGGUAACAUCCAACUGGUUGAUCUGUCCUUUGUGAUUUCCAAUCCCCCUCCAUGUUUGAUGUCCAGUCCAUUUAUCCUAGCCUCAUUUCUGAGAGGGGCUGAUAUUAUCUUGACUUCCUCUCAGGAGGCUGAUGAUGGUGAGAGAUAUGAAGAACAAGUAGUAUUUCAACCAGAAAAUUGCCAAAAGUAUUUGGGAAUUUUGGAAGCUCUUCUCACAGUGCUUGUGAAAGGUGUUGUAACAGAAGAGCAGGGAAAAUGCGUUUCCCAGCUUCUUGCUACAGAAGUAGUCUCUCUACAAGAACUGUUUUACACGCAGAUGGGCUGCAUAUGCUCGCCAUGGAAAAGCCUAGACCCAUGCGAAAAGCCUUUGUCGGAAUUAUGGAAAAAUCCCUCAAGGACAAGAAAUUUCCUGAAAAGCCUGGGACUUCAAGAGAUUUACCAAGGAAACCAAGUGGUUGUUAUCUGCCCCCAGAGCUGCCAGUUACUGAACAUUUUAGCGUUAUUUUUCGGAAACAUCGACUAAGAAAUGAUACCGCGCCGUGAUAGGUUACAGUCUCUCUUUCCACAUGUACUCGCUCAGUACUGAAGCAUUUUACCGUUCACUGAUUCCGAUCGUCAUUAAACUAUGAUUUCCGCUUCGCCCUGCGCUUGCAAGAAAUCUGUUGCAUAUAUUUCUUCUGAGAAAAACUUUCUCACUUGCCAAGAGUUAGGUUCCGAUCGCUCAAUAUUUAUUAUAGUAGUUGCACUAAUCUGUUUUUAAGUCUGUGUUUUUUAUUUAAUUAUCAUUUAUACACGGUAAAAAAAUUUAUGUGGAUAUUCCGUCUCCAUGGUGAACAUAACAUGCCUUUUAUCUUGGCUUCAAAAAAUUUCAUAACAUUGCCGUGGCCUUGGAGAAAGUGUCUAAGAAUUUAUAUUCCCUGCCCAUCUUUAUAUAUAUUUCAGUGGAGAGGGAGCUUGUUUGCAGAUCAAGGCUGAUUAACUUUUUGCUUUUUCGAGAAAAGUCUUCUAUUCGGCACCAAUCACUUGUGAAACAGAAUGUCGUGUCUUAGUUCCCAGAAUACGUCCAAUAUAAUCUGAUUUUUUUGUUUUCGUAUUUUUGUGCGUCAAAAUAUUACGUGCGACGAAAAUAUCUUCAAUUUUCAAUUUCAAUUCCGAGCAAUUUGAAUAUUUACUUUAAUAUGACCUGAUAUAAUGUCAAGAUAAACAUGACAGUGUUGAUAAUGGACUAGAAAUGUCGUGUUAUUUUAUUGUUGACGUUCUGUGUUUCUUGGCAAACCAGGCCUGUAUCG